UCUAGAGACCGGCGUCACACACACAGAAAUAAAUUUAGUAACAGCUUUGUAGACAUGACUUGUUAUAUACAUACACACACACACACACACAGAGGUUGCAGUGAAGCUGAUGGCUGUGUGCCAGUGUGUUUCUUCCAGAGACACGUCCGUGGCGGAGUGGUCAGCUGCUAGAAAGCCUGACCCCUGUGACCCUAUCAGUAUUGUCUCCGCUGGCCAUUGAGUUGAGUAGUGCAAUAUUGCUUAUAGGGUUUCAGGGCUCAGACAGAGCGUCCGGAUGCCGCCAGCCAGUUCCAGAAUGUAGAGGUGACUCUAGACUGCGUGUUCAGGCGCAUGAGGUGGGAGAUGCAGCAGGAAAAGGACGCCUCUUUUCCGCUGGACCCCCUGCUGCCCUUCGAGGAGCUGGAGUUUUUCCAGAAGCGCCUGGCAGCGCUGGUCGGGGAGACCAGAGAGAUCCGGGCGCAGAAGCAGCAGACGAUGGCGGCCAUCGUUGAGAAGGUGAAUCGGAGCACCGAGCUGGCUAGAGAUGUCCAGAGCUGCGCAGCAGUGCCUGGGGUCGCCGCCCUGCUGCCCGCAGCAGAGCGCGAUGCAGAGGCAGAUGCCCCAGUGGCAGUGUCGGUUGUGCCUCCGUCCAGACCAGAUGCUCGGGGUGCCCCUGUCCAGCCCCAGCCCCCUGCCCAGUGCAAGAGCACCCGUCCAGGCCGAGGAGGAGCCCAGGACAGACGAACAGGUCAGAGCAGCGCGGGAGCGCCCCCUGGGCCACGGGGCAGAAGGGCAUCUACUCCUCCAGGUGGUCCUCUCAGACGGCGCAGGCCGCCGCUGUGAUCGUCCGCAGUACGUUACCACUCAGCCUGAGCAGCAGCAGCACUGUCUACACGCUGCCAUCUACUGGCCAGAAAGGGGACAUUCCCACCUGCAUCCCUGCCCACGCACACUGCCAUCUACUGGCCAAAAUGGGGACAUUCCUAUCAGCAUGCAUCCCUGCUCAUACACACUGCCACCUACUGGCCAGAGUGGUAAAAUUACUCUCAGCAUUCCUGCUGUGCACAUGCUGCCAUCUGGUGGCUAAGGUGAGAAAUGCCUGCUGGUGAAUACCAUUUGCACUGGAGGCCCAGCAUGAAUGUCUAGAGGAACACAGAAGACCUUAGGCGAAGCCCACUUUCCUUCGGCAGGGAAGAUGCCUCAUUGUGUAUUUAAGAAAAAUAUUUUUGUAUGUUUUAUAAGUUUGUCUUUUUUUUUUUUUUUUUUUUAAUAUUUGAUCUUUUUCAUGGUGAAUGAAAUUCUAAUAAAAUUGUAUAGUACAA